AAAAAAAAAAAGACUUUUUUGUGAGAAAAUUUUCAAUAUGAAAAGUAAUGUGUCACUAAAUUCCUAGAACAAAAAUCCAACAGCUUGUAUGGAUGUAGAGCACUUUAUAAAAGUAAUGCUCCAAUGAUUUUCUAGUAAAAAAUUCACUAAAAAUUUCAUUUCACUUUCCCACCUAUAUUUAAGUACAAGUAGUCUAACAUCACGGACUAUAUCAGAUUAUUAUAUAAUAUAAUUGAAAUUAAUUGUCUUAUUUUACUGUAGUUUCUGUUGUAGUCAUUGCUAUUCCUUGAAAAUGAAAGGUGCAAUUGGUUGUAAUUAAUUACAAAUCAUGAAAUUAAUUUUACUUUAAGCCGGCAGCAAUAUCCUAAUUCCUAAACGAAUAUUACAACUUGGUUUUUGCAUAUAAAAAUAGUACUUAUUUUAUAAAUUAGGUUCCUAUCAAUUUAGAUUUUUAAUUUUACAUUAAUUUGAAUACAAUAAAUGAUAUGAUCAAAUAUAAAGAAUAUUGCAUGAAAAGCAACCCCAAAUUCUGCAAGAAAAGUCUAGUUUGGCAGCUUGUGUGAAUGCAGCUAUCAGAUUCUUGCAUUUGAAUAUUCUAUUAGGUCAAGCAGAAUUUAAGGAGUAAGAUAAUCAAUGAAUUCAAUUUUGCAGAUGCUAUGCAGAUGGAUUCUUCCAAAAUGCCCAAAUAUUACCCAAUUUAUAGCAAGCAAGAACUUCACCUUUAUUCAGCUCGGAACAGUGUGUGAUCUGUAUGUUUUUCUAGCUCCGUAAAAUGGUGUUUUUUAGCUUCUCUUUCACUGUAUUCUGGGUUCUUCAAAUUGUCGCUGCACAGCAAAAAACUGAGCCCGCUGAAGUGGAUGCUAUCAACAAAAUAAUUGAUCAUUGGAAUCUAAGGAGUAAGCUGAAUUUAAGCGAUGAUCCGUGCAUUGAAAACGCGAUUUGGGCUCCUGAUUCAGCUAAUCCAAGAAUUGCUUGUGACUGUGAUGGGACAGUUUGUCACAUUACACACUUGAAAAUAUAUGCUUUGGACAUCUCUGGUGAACUUCCUCAAGAACUGUUCUUGCUGACAGAGUUGAUGGACUUGAACUUGAAUCAGAAUGUGUUGAAUGGAUCCAUCCCACCAGAAAUUGGGCAGCUGUCCAAAAUGGCGUACUUGGCUCUUGGCAUUAACAAUUUCACGGGCUCGGUGCCUGCAGUGCUUGGCAAUCUCACCAGAUUGCGCUCUUUAAGUUUUGGUUCGAACAAUUUGCAGGGAAGCUUGCCUCGCGAGUUGGGAAAUUUGACCUUGUUAGAACAGCUAUAUAUCGAUAGCAGUGGAUUGAGUGGACCAAUCCCACAAGAACUCUCAAAUCUCACAUCCCUCCAAAUAAUAUGGAUGUCGGAUAAUGGUUUCACUGGAAAACUCCCUGAAUUCUUGGCCACUUUCACUGAACUCAAAGAUCUGAGAGUGGAAGGAACGAAUCUUGAGGGCCCGAUUCCCAACAGUUUCAGUGCUCUAACCAAACUGGAAAACUUGCGAAUUGGCGACCUGACUGUUGGCGCGAGCGAAAGCUCUCUUGAUUUCCUAGAGAAUCUGACUAGUCUCUCCAUAUUAUCAUUGAGAAACUGUCAAAUCCGCGGCCCAAUUCCAGAACGGCUGAGCACUUUCCCCAACCUUACAUUCUUGGACUUGAGCUUCAAUAAGCUGACGGGGCAGAUACCGGCUUCGUUCAAGGACUUUUCUUCACUCAAGUAUCUAUAUCUUGGAAGUAAUAACCUCAAUGGGGAUCUACCUUCUGAUAUAGGUUCAAAACUCAAUGCAUUAGACGUAUCUUUCAAUCCUCUCACUGGAAAUAUCCCUCUUGAUUGGAGCCAUGUAUCCAUAAACACAGUCGGCACUUCCAUCAACGACGUCACUCUCAACAACCAGAAGGCCUCUACCAUGCUGCAGUGCCUUGAACAGAACACCAACUGCAGAAACAAAGCUCCUUCGACUUCAUUCGGUGUCAACAGUGGAGGUCCAGAGCAAGCUGAUGCAAAGGGGGUUGUAUACGACGACGACUCAGAGAAGCUAGGAGCGGCCUCGUUGUACACAAGCAGCAACAACAAAUGGGCAGUGAGCAGCUCCGGAGUCUUCAUCUCCAACCGAAAUGGGCCAAUCUAUGUAGCCCAAACGGACUCCCAAAUCACCAACACCCUCGAUUCCGAGCUCUACAAAACGGCAAGAAUCGCACCCGCCUCGCUCAGAUACUACGGCCUCGGCCUAGAAAACGGGGUCUACCGGGUCGAGCUCCAUUUCGCUGAGGUGGUGAUGGAUGAUGAUCCUGCUUCUUGGAUGGGCCUAGGUAGGCGUCUCUUCGACGUCUACAUUCAGGGUGAGAGAGUCUUGCAAGAUUUCAACAUAGUGAAAGAGGCCGGGGGCUCGAAGAGGGCGUUGAUCAAGACGUUCGAGGCCAACGUGACGAACACGCUGAUCGACAUCCAUCUGAUGUGGGCUGGGAAGGGGACUUGCUGCAUUCCUCUCCAGAGCACGUUCGGCCCUCUGGUCUCGGCCGUUGGGGUUUCUCAAGUGCUCACAUACGAGGAUUCGUCGAAGGGCGACGGGAAGCGGGCGGGGAGGAUUGUGGGGAUUGUGUUUGGGUGUGCAGGAGGCUUGCUCAUAAUAUGUGGUGUUGCAUAUUUGUGGUGGGCGAAGAAGGAAUCCAAAAUUUAUACACAAGCUCCCAAAGAUUAAUAUGCUCGUGUUCAUGUUCGUGUUCGUGUUCGUGUUCGUGUUCUGCAUUAUCCCCCUUGUGUGUAUGUUUAUAGUAAACGAACCACGUUCGUUCUAAGUUGGUUUAAUUGAUCGAGCUACUCAUAAGUCAUAACAUACUCAUCAUAGUGAUGAGUGUGUGUAUAUAAUUUUGUUUGAAGCCGAAUCUAUAUAUAUUUUCAAUUGUGUAAAAAAAACAAA